AUGAUUGAUGAUAUGGCGUUGGGCUUCAUUGCAAACUUUCUUGGCAUCUUCAUUUUUGUACUGGUUAUAGCGUAUCAUUAUGUGAUGGCUGACCCGAAAUAUGAAGGCAACUGAGGAUAUUUAGUAUUUUGAUGCCAUUCGCAGCAGAGAUGCCAUGUUAGUUUCAUAGACUAGGUGGUUUGACAGAGACUUAACUUGCUGUAAUUAUGAACAAGCUUGGAGCUUAAUGCAUCUUAUUGCUUGGAUUUUGUAGACAUAGUAUAUAUAUUUACCUUUUAUAUUUGCUCCAA